AUGAACUUUAGCAACGAAGAGAUUACAAGAGGCCAUCAGAUUUUUGGCCUCCAAGAGGAUUAUAGGGGUUAUGCCUAUUUUGACAGUGUCUUUGUAAGGGGAAAGCAAGCUGAAGGAGAGGAGGGAGAGAAGGAGGUGGAGAAGGACUGGAGCUCUUUUGGGAUAGUGGAUAUGAGUGUGAUGAAGGAGAUUGUACAUAAGAAAAGUUUGAUGAAAAGUUCGAGAUUUGCGGGAAAAGUGGAUGAUAACAGGGUUUCCAAGAAAUCAGAUAGUAUUAAUUUGGAUUAUUCUGAGAAUUUAAAUGAUAUUAGUGGAAACUAUGAGAUUCCUAGUGAAAUUCAAAAAGUUAGGAGAAAAUCUCAGCAGGACUUAAUACAGUGUUAUACUUCACUUAGUAGUGAUAGCGAAGCACAUUCAGCACGGGCAAAGCCAAGAUUUGAUAUUGAAAUGAAGAGAGCUCUGAGGCUUCUCAAAAAAUUCUACAAGAAGCUAUUUAAAUCUGACAACUAUAAAAUUGUCCAAAGAAGAUAUGUGAACUGAGACACUUAUAGAGUUUCUAUUAGUAUGAAAUCAAUGUUACUAAGCAUUUUCCCUCAAGAAUUAGUAACAGAUGACUUGGCUUAUUACACCAUUGGUAUUUUAGGGAUUAAGAAGCCUUCUGAAUUCCAUUGCAGGGAACAGACCAGGAGAGAGAUUAAAGAAUUUAGAAAGACAAUAAACCGGUUUACCCAAAAACAGCUCUUAAUUGCAAUGCAGUCUGACAGUUUGAAGGUACUUGUAAGAUUAUGAAUCUCAUGCUUUGACGAUCAUUCUGCAAGCAUCUUACAACAGGCACUUGAUUUAGAGCCUGAAUAAGCUAAGAGCUACAGAAUGUUGGGAGUUAUUUUUACCGGCAAACACUUCAGUCAAGCUCAUCUGAUAAUGAUAACUUCAUUAUAAAAUUACCAAGAGAAAUCUAUAUAAAAAUUCUCAUUGUAAAUUUUGCAGGAAAAAUAGGAUUGUUAUAAAGGAAAUAGUGCUUCUUUAUGAGCAGGACAGCUACUAAUUUUUGUUUCAAUAGAAUUCGUAGUAUUGCCAGUAAAAAUUUGUAAUAGUUUUAUUUUUAACUCAUCAGAGUUUUAAUACAGAAUCUAUCCCUGCUCUUUCGUAUAUCCAAUUAAGAGAUGGAGUAUCCUUAAUUUAGGAUUGAGUAGCUGUUAAUAUGCGUCGGAAUAAUUUGUGUUUCUCAAAACUUAUAGAUUUCAUAAGAAAUCCAGGUUUACUGAUACUAUGAAAAUUUUGAUUCAUGAGUCUCUGGAAGGUAUGAAGUUAAAAUCUAAUAAAAUAAAUUUUCCUAGAAUUUCAGGUUUACAACCUCUUCCUAACUAAUAAAGACUCAUUAAAAAUGAGGGUUUAGAGAGCUCUAAACCUCUGAUUUUUAUCAGGCUUGAUUGAGGAGCACCUGUGAUCAAAAUGUGAUGUGAAGAAGGUGACUAAAUUCUAAAAAAUGUGUUGGAAUCUGCCAAUAUCUUUUUCACAAUGCUAAAAAAUGAAAAUGUCAGGGUGGCAACUAUAUUAUGAAGAUUCUCAAACAAAUAGAAGAAGUCUCUUAUUAUAGAAAAUUGGAAAAACAUAUUAUAAGCUGCAGCAGUCUCCUAUUAAUAAGGAUCAAGAGGUAAUAAUACAACCAUAAAGCCACAGUUUGCUUUAAGCAUGACUUCGUAUUGCAUUUAAGUUAAUUGGGAAAGUUGAAAAUUUCCAUGAUUAAUGAAUCUUUUUUCAUAAAGUUUUUAAGAUAUAUGAAUUCUUCAUAAGAAGUUUCUUCUAUAUAUUCUAACAACAAGAACCCUAAAGACUCUUUAUUCUAACCAUGGUAGAGCUCUUGAUGAAAUAUGAGCGAGUAAAUUCUCUCUGAUACAAACUGAGAUAAAAUUUGACCCUAGUAAUAUUACCUGAUAACUAAUAUUUCCAAUAAGUUUGAAAGAGUUAUGCUGAAAAACUAUUACUGAAGGUAACUACCAAGCGUGAAAAUUAAAACUGACAUAUAUCCCCAAGACUAAGCUAAUAUAUAACCUUUAUGCCUCUCAUGAAGUAAGAAUUUCUCUUGAGCUAUGAGCCAUUUUCUAUAAAAUGUCAUUCUCGGUAUACUAGGUUUGCUAAGCCCUCUGAUAAAAGAGUCUUCUCGAGUGUCUCUUAGGUAGAGGAUGAAUGCUUGGCCAUGAACUGGCCAGAGGUCGAUUGACAAGUUAGAGAAGAAGGUAGAGGAAGAGAGAUGGUAAGCGAAUUGGAAAUUCAAAAAUCAGAAAAAGAGGUUUUUAAAUGCUUUUUGAGUAAGAUUUUGAGGGUGGGUAAGAGAGUUAUGGAGUGAUAGUUUUAAGAUAUUUUCAUGAAUCUACUGUGAAAUUUACAACAUAAUGAGAAUCUGAAUAAUGUGGAGGUACUAUGAAAUAAUUUUUCUAUUCAAAAGUUUUCAAUAAGAGUCAAUAAGCUUUUGUUGAUUAUUAAUUCUGUUUUCUUAAAGUUUACUAAAGGAUUUAAGUGAGACUUGGCAAAAGCUCGAUUGUAUUAUAAUCAUAACUCCAAAAUAUUAAAAAUAUCUAAAAUUACCUCCUCUAGCUAAAAAUUAUUUCAAAAAAUCCUAUGAAAAUACUCUCAUAACUCAUUCUAAACCUACCAUUCCUUCAUUCCAUCCCUAUUACCUCUAAAAGCAACUUAUUCAAGAGCCAGAUCUCCCUAAUCCGCACUCACCCUCUAAAACUCUCUUAUUUUCUUUUCUACCCCUCCAAACUCCCCAUAUUCCCAAAC